AAGCAGAGACAGCAGCGUUGUUAAAAGCACAGACAGGCGGAUCGCUCCACCUCAGUCCGUCAGACCCACACAGAGGUGAGCUCCUCCAGCCUGCCUCCUGUCACCAUGGCACGCGUAGAGACGUCCUCCAGCAGGCCAUACCACCUGGUUAUCUUCGGAGCCUCCGGCUUCACGGGGCAGUUUGUGGUGGAGGAGGUGGCCCGGUCCGUGUCCGAGGGUCCGAAGGGGAACCUGAAAUGGGCCGUGGCCGGCAGGAGCAAGCAGAAGCUGGAAAAAGUUAUGGAGCAGGCCGCCGGGGUGCUGAGUAAACCUGAGCUGAGGUCAGAGGUAGACAUCAUCGUGGCAGAUGUAGGAGAACCAGACUCCCUGGCAGCCAUGUGCAAACAGGCAGUGAUUGUUCUCAACUGUGUGGGGCCUUACAGAUUCUAUGGUGAGCCGGUGGUCAAAGCCUGUGUGGAGAAUGGAGCUCACCACAUUGACAUCUGUGGAGAGCCUCAGUUUCUAGAGAGCAUGCAGUUAAACUACAGCAGCCAGGCAGCUGACAAAGGUGUUUACAUCAUCGGGAGCUGUGGCUUCGACUCCAUACCUGCAGACAUGGGAGUCCUCUACACCAGGGACCAGUUCAAGGGUACGCUCACUGCAGUGGAGAGCUUUCUGACCGUCGGCUCAGGACCUGAUGGCGGGUGUAUCCAUGAUGGCACAUGGCAGUCUGCUGUCUAUGGUUUUGCAGAUGGCCCGAAGCUGCAGAGUCUAAGGAGGAAGUUUAAUCACAAACCUCUGCCUACUGUUGGCUCCAAGAUAAAGCGCAGAGGAUCACUGUUCUUCAGUAAUGAGAUCCAGCAGUAUACGGUGCCCUUCAUGGGCUCUGAUCCCUCUGUUGUGAAGAGAAGUCAGCGAUUCCUGGCAGAGGAGCAUGAUGCCUCACCAGUUCAGUAUGGAGCUUAUGCAGGAAUUGGAGGCAUCGGCAGCAUAAUCAAGCUGCUGUUUGCUGGCAUGAUGUUCUGGUUACUGGUCAAGUUCAGCUUUGGGCGCAACCUGCUCAUCAAGCACCCAGAGUUCUUCUCCUUUGGAUUCUUCUCUAAGGCCGGACCAACUAGAAAGCAGAUGGAGGCCUCGUCCUUCCAGUUUGCAUUCUAUGGAGAGGGAUACACUGAGGGCGAGGACCCUUCGCAAGGGAAACCUAAUGCCAAGAUCCGUACCCUGGUUCAGGGACCAGAGUGUGGAUAUGUGGCCACACCCAUUGCCAUGGUACAAGCUGCUCUCACGAUCCUCAAUGAAUCCACAGCUUUGCCCAAGAAGGGAGGAGUCUACACUCCAGGAGCUGCGUUUGCAAAAACCACGCUGGUCGACCGCCUCAACAAACACGGCAUUCAGUUCUCCGUCAUCUAAAGUUAGUCCCCUCCCUGAGGCCGUACUCCAGGUUUUCCGAGCACUUACUAACAUGGAUAAUAAAAACUGGGAAGUUUAAACUUCAUGAGAGGGUAAUCUCUCAGAUUGAGUUCUAACAUCAUUGUGGUUAGUACUUUCAGCAUUUAUCCUUUUGGUUUGGUCAGAAACUUGCCAGUUUUCUCUUGGCUUGAAUGUACUAUUAACCCUCUGCUUUAAAGACAAACAGCAAGUGUAGAAGUGAAGGAACAAGUAUGUGUGAAGAGUUUUAAAAUGUCUCCAGUGACUCAUUGAAAAGAAGAUUUGGCCAGAAUUUAGUUCCCUCCCUGAUCAAUAUUUCUCUGACACUGUGACCAAUUAAAGAUGCUCCUCAGUUCUACAUGGUCAUGUGUGCGUCUGCCUUUACUCAAACAUGAGUAGAUGAUCAAAACUCUCCUGUUCCUUUUAAUUACCCAUAAUGUUAAACCAUAGUAUAGCAGGAAGAUGGCUUUAUAAUAUCACCUGUAAUGAUCACAGAUAAGACAGGACUGGAAAAGUAGGUUGAGAUCAGUGCAACAGAUAAACAUCUGUAACACAAAGAAAAGCUUCUUCUACAAUCUUUAGUUGUGUGUUGUCCUUGUUGCACACAGUAGCUUGAUGUUGUUGUUCUGGUUCAGUGAAGUGAAGCUGUCAAUAGACAAUUAGAAAUCUGCUGUGUGUGCACGUACAUGCUCGCCUUGCCUGGCCUAGUCCUCCUACUCUCUGGAAUGUUUGGGUUUUUUGUAGCUGAUUGUUGCUGCACUUCUUCUUUCCAGUGUUUGCUUUUUGAGCCUUGUCAGAAAAUGCAUCCAGCUGUUUGUGCACAAAACGGCAUGAGUUACUUCAUUAAACUGAACAGAUCCUCUGCUGUUUAGUUUACAGAUGUGUGUUCAAAGUUUGGGUUUGUUUGUUUGUUUGUUGGUCACAUGGACUGGACUUAUUUUCACCCACAUAGAAAAAGGUUGAUCUCAGUUCAGACUUGUUUUUGAGACUUUGAGCCUCAUGUGCAUGUGGCAGUUUUGAUGUGUUUUGCUUUGUACGGGCCUCGUAAAUAAAAUCAUCUCUGAUAACA